UCAGACAUGACGUACCUUGUAUUUUCUAAGGAAAAAUGAGCCUGGUUUUUAAUCGAUGACAAGUGCGUGCAUGCCGGAAAUACUCUUCUGCUAUUGAAUUAUCCAUCAGAUUAACAUAUUGGCGAAGAAUGGCAUGCCCAGACAUGACCAUCAAAACACUUACUGGUAGACUUCUGUAUCUAUCAUUCGCUUUGUGUGUUGUUGACUGCCGACCGAAUGUGCUGUUCAUUGUAGUAGAUGACCUUAGACCAUCCCUUGGUUGCUACGGUUACCCAAAUGUGGUCACCCCUAACAUAGAUCAGCUUGCAUCUCAUUCAAUGAUGUUUACUAAUGCAUUCAGCCAGCAAGCACUUUGUGGCCCAAGUCGGACAGCAUUUUUAUUAAGUCGGAGGCCAGAAACAACCAAGAAAUUUGACAAUGUUGAAAGCUAUUGGCGAAAAUUUCCUGGAAACUUCACAACUUUACCACAACACUUCAAAGAGAAUGGCUACCACACUGUAUCUGUUGGAAAGAUAUUUCAUCCUGGGAGUCUUUCUGGGAGGACAGAUGACUACCCGUACAGUUGGUCUGAAGUCCCAUAUCACCCUUCAACUGAGCAGUUCAGGGAUGCCAAGGUAUGUAAAGGACCUGGGAGUGAGCUGUAUUGUAACAUAGUAUGUCCUGUGAAGGUCAGCGAACAGCCUCAGGGCACAUUACCAGAUAUUCAGAGCGCCCAGUAUGCCAUGCAAUUUUUACGGAACAGGUCACAAAAUGGAGACAAGGAACAGGCACCAUUUUUUCUGGCCGUGGGCUUUCAUAAGCCCCACAUUCCCUUGAAGUAUCCGGAGGAGUAUCGAAAGUUGUAUCCCUUGUCUGAGAUCCACCUUGCCAAAGAUCACACUCUACCAAAAGGGAUGCCAUCAGUGGCAUGGAACCCUUGGGAAGACUUAAGGAGAAGAGAUGAUGUGAAAAGACUGAAUACCAGCUUUCCUUAUGGACCAGUGCCAAAACAUUUUCAGCUGCUGAUGAGACAGAGCUACUAUGCAGCCACAACCUAUAUGGAUGAUUUGCUGGGACAGGUUCUGUCCACACUUGAUGAACUGGGCCUUGCCAAUAACACCAUCAUCAGUUUCAUAGGAGAUCAUGGCUGGUCUCUUGGGGAACAUCAGGAAUGGUCAAAGUUCAGUAAUUUCGAGGUGGCUGUUCGAGUUCCUCUGAUAGUAUACAUUCCAGGUCAAAAAGAGCCAUCAGGAAAACUUUUCCCAUACAUCAAUCCUUUUGAUGCAUCUUCUGCAGAAAUGCAGAAUUCUGCAGUUUUUUCAAGGAAAAGCAUUGUUACCAUGACUCAGAAACAAAUGUUUAAUAGUGCAAUACAGAAAGACAGUAUUCAUGUAAAGGCCACCAAUGCUCUAGUCGAGCUGGUGGAUUUAUUUCCUACUUUGUCAGAAUUAGCAGGCUUGCCUGUGCCACAAAUUUGUCCCCAAAACUCAUCACUCAUCUCAUUCUGUUCAGAAGGGGUAAGUUUUUGUCCCAUCAUAAAAAAUGCCUGGUUAAGUACCAUGCCAAACCAGGUGAACUGGAAAACGGCAGUUUUCAGCCAGUAUCCAAGACCUUCUGUAGAACCUCAAGAGAAUAGUGACCAGCCCCAUCUGAAGGAUAUCAAGAUCAUGGGCUACAGCAUGCGCACUCCGCAGUACCGCUACACGGAAUGGGUCAAGUACCUGAAGAAGCGCUUUGUCCAGGACUGGUCAGUGGUAUAUGCCAGAGAGCUGUAUGACCAUGACACUGACCCACUGGAGGACAAUAAUUUGGCCGAUGACCCCAGAUUCUCAGCACUUGUCACUAUGCUCUCAUCAUUGUUACGUGCAGGCUGGAGAAAUGCCUUGCCACAUAACAAAACUGUGAUGCUUCUGUAAAUUUUAGAAGCAUUCCAUACGGUACGGUUAUGACCACCUCCACUUUUUGCAUGGUGCUAUUUUACAUAAUUUCUGUUUUUGGAAGAGUAUUUUUACACUUUAACACUUACCCACAUUUUUUCAUGGUGCUUUUUUACAUAAUUUCUGUUGUGUUUGAAAAUGUACAUUUAUAAAACUUUGCAUGUAUUUGUUAUUUAAAAAGAAUGUAAUAAGAUGUGAUUGGAAGAGAGAUUUCUGUGUCUGGGUGUGUCUAGCUCUCUUUGAUGUGAAUUGGCAUGCAUUCAAUCGGCUGUUUCACCUGUAAGGAUUAAUGGCCUAUAUGAGGAUUACUAGUCUCAAAUCAAAUCCCUAUGACCUAUUAGGAUUCAUUAUUUCUGUUACCUUCCUUUGACAUGUGGCACUUAAACGGUUACAGCUUUGAAAGCAGCUUGGUCACAAAGGGGAUCUUUAUGAGCUAUGAUGAUUCAUGAUUUCAAAUAUGAAGUCACCUCCCUCUGGCCUGUGAGAAUUAAUGUUUUCGGUUUUCCAGAUCAACUUUCUUUGGUCUUGCAGGAUAAAUGGCUUCAAAUCAACUAUCUCUGACCCACAAGGAUAUAUUGUUGUAAUGCCUUAAGUCCAUUGUAAACAGUAAAUCGAGAUUCAAUCCAAAAAUCAUACCUAAGACUAAAAAUUGGUAACCUUGGUACUACAUGUACCUCUCUUAGGGCAUAAGAGGAAUAGGUGAUGUCGUGGUCGGCCCAGUGUCAGUAUUAUGUGACUGAUUCUGGCGUUGUCUGGUGUCUUAGGCAUGGCAUUCCAGUGAGGCAGCAGUGAAAAUAUGUCAGGAUGGGACUGGCCUGAUACAAGGAGACGCCAUCGCGAUAUGACCGAAAUAAUGUUGAAAACAAGAUUAAACCUCAAUCAAACAAACAAAACAAGUCGUUCAGUUUUGUUGCCAGCUGUUUUAGUUUGUUAGAACAGAGGGGCAUUGUGUAUUUCCACUCUGAAGUAAACCUUAUCAUUGUUUUAUCCGAAAUAAGAUUUAAUUAAGUGUAGAACUUUUUUUAGAUACAAGAUCUUGCAGCAACCUAUGGAUGGUUGUGGGAUUGCUAAAUAUACAUUUUGAUCUGCUACAUCUUAAUCAGUUCAUUGCCAUUUCAUUUCAUGGACAUUGUUGAAUGACUUGUGUAGCUCAUCACUUGGCUGAAUAUACAUUUUUGAUCUG